GUGACUCGUAUCAUCUAUGCACCAGCAAACGUUACUAUUAACAUUCGCUCUGAGAUAUCCGUACCGGUUAUGCGACAAAUCGGUCUAUUUUAAGAUCAAUGUCAUAUAACAUUACAACGAUAAGUAAUAAUUAAUCACCGUAAUUAGUUAUUUCAUUCCAUAACGUUGUACUUAUCAUAAUUUGUGUUUUUUUUAUCGUCUGGCCAUGGAGAUUAAGUAUUUAUUGUGUCUGUAUCUCAGUUUUUCAAUUGUUUCUGACCAAUGUCACGGGCACAGAAUUUUGGGAAUCUUUCCCAUGAACGGAAAGAGCCAUAUGAUGAUGUUCGAACAAGUAAUGAAGGGGUUGGCUCGUCGUGGUCAUCAGGUUGAUGUUGUCAGUACUUUUCCGCUAGAGAAGCCCUUUCCUAAUUAUAAAGACUUGGCUAUAAAAGCUGCACUGCCGAAGUUUGUCAAUAACAUGACCUAUGACUUCUUUCAAGAUGUUACUCAGAAGACUAACAUGGUCCAGUUUUUGGCUGAAAAUCCGGGAAAUAUUAUUUGUGAAAAGGGAUUUGAAACUGAUGUUCUCCGGAAUAUUAUUUAUAAGCCGCAGAAGCCGGCUUAUGAUCUUGUGAUUACUGAGAUUUUUGCUGCCCACUGCUUUAUGGCAUUCGGUCAUCAUCUGAAAGUUCCAGUCGUGGGAUUAAGUUCGUCUGCUUUGUAUCCUUGGGGCAAUGACAUGGUAGGAAAUCCCCCGAACCUGGCCUUUGUCCCAAAUAAUCUUCUAGAACAUAUGGAGAAUAUGAGCUUCUGGCAGCGCUUGUACAACGUCCUUCACACAUACUACUACAGGAUGUACUUCAAUUACUACACAUCACCCCAAAGUGAUAUGAUAAAGAAAUACUUUGGUCCUGAUGCACCUGGAGUUAGGGAACUGGAACACGACUUAGCACUUAUUCUCACCAAUUCACAUUUGGCGAUAAAUGGCCCGAGACCGACCACUCCCGCACUUGUUGAAGUCGGCGGGCUUCACAUACAAGAUGAUGAUCCAGAGAUACCAGCCGAUCAUCUCAAGUGGCUUAAUGAGAGCAAAGAUGGCUUUAUUUACUUUACAUUCGGGUCCAUGAUGCAGAUUGAAUCCUUUCCGAAGCCAGUUUUGGAUGUUUUGUACAAGUCGCUGGGGAAACUCGCCCCUAUUAGAGUUUUUAUGAAGGCUCCUCAACCGGAAAAAUUGCCUCCUGGCUUGCCAAAGAAUAUUCGGACCUUUACGUGGAUGCCGCAAUUGAAAGUAUUGAGACACAAAAACAUCCGCGCAUUUAUCACUCACGGUGGACUGAUGGGCACUCAAGAAGCAAUUCACAGCGCGGUUCCGAUGAUAGGCAUGCCCCUUUUCGCUGAUCAGUUUACGAACGUUGACCUUUAUGUUAGCAAAAAAAUUGCCAUUCGCUUGGACUACGCCGACAUGACAGAGAACAAAUUGGACCAUGCGUUAAAUGAAAUUUUACAUAACCCCAUUUACAGAGAAACUAUGAAGAAAGUUUCUGAGAAGUUCAAGGACGGACCAAUGAGCCCCUUAGAUACUGCGGUUUACUGGAUAGAGUAUGUUAUCAGACAUGGAAAGACAGCCCUCAGAUCCCCGGCUGUCAACAUGUACUGGUGGCAAGUCGCUCUAGUGGACGUUUAUGUCUUUUUGACAAUCACUGCCUUAGUAAUUGUUUUUGUGACCGUGAAAAUCGUUCGAUUUAUUUCUAAAAUUUUAUCUCCAGCUGUCAACACUCCUCAUAGCAAGAAAGUUAAUUAAUUAUUCAGUUGCUUUGAAAAUAUAGUUAAGUUUGUAUUAAAUUUUAAUGAUUCAAUAAAUGCAAUUUUUUU